GUCGCUGUCCCGAGGCGUCCAUCGGUCCGUCUGUCCGUGUGUCCAGCGAGCUCGGCCUGCACGGCGGGGCAGGGCGGCGGGCCUGAGCCUCCCUCCCCGGACUCAGGAGCCGCCGCUGCAGUGUUGUGACCCGAGCCUGAGCUCACUGUGUAGGCAGGACUCGGCGUAGGGUGUGGCUGAGCGUACACUGUACCCUCCGGGGGUGAAGCUGAGAACAGACCGCCAGACUUGGAGCACCUGCUCUACCCCUGCUCAGCUGCUAGAUGCUGGUAACUUCUGAAGGGAUCGAGUGUGAUGUGGGUACUGUGCCCUGAGAAAAGCCGGCGCUGAGGCAGCAGUCUGGCCUUUGACCCCGGACACUUGGGGGAAAUCUAAGAACAUCAUUCUUUUAUAGAAACUGAUGGUGACCCUGAGCCACGAAGAAAAAAAUUCAUGGUUUAGUGACAGUCAUUCUACGUGCUGAAGGGUGCUGAAGUGAGCCAGCCCAGUGAGUGGGGAACGCGGCAAAGAACAGAUAGGAUUUGAGAAAUUCAACUUACGAAAGCCUUGAACUGAAGCCUCUGAGACUGGGACAUCUGAGUUUGUCUGAGUGCACUCCCAGCUGCGGGCAGUGGCUUCUUGCAGGAGAAGCUUGACUGUGGGAUGCCAACUGCUUGAGCUCGCUCUUGGACAAGAUGGAAGAAGAAGAACUGGACUGUCCAAACUCCUCCUCGGAAAAACGCUACUUUCCCGAGUCUCUGGAUUCCAGUGAUGGGGACGAGGAGGGCAUUUUGGCCUGUGAGGAUUUGGAACUGAACCCUUUUGACGGGUUGCCAUAUUCAUCACGUUAUUAUAAACUUCUGAAGGAAAGAGAAGCUCUUCCAAUAUGGAAAGAAAAAUACUCCUUUAUGGAGAAUCUGCUUCAGAAUCAGAUUGUGAUCGUUUCAGGAGAUGCCAACUGCGGCAGGAGCUCUCAGGUUCCGCAGUGGUGCGCUGAGUACUGUCUCUCCAUCCACUACCAGCACGGGGGCGUGGUGUGCACACAGGUCCACAGGCAGACUGCCGUCCAGCUCGCCCUGAGGGUCGCAGACGAAAUGGACGUGAACAUUGGCCAUGAAGUUGGCUACGUGAUCCCUUUUGAGAACUGCUGUACCAGCGAAACAAUCCUGAGGUAUUGUACCGAUGAUAUGUUGCAAAGAGAAAUGAUGUCCAAUCCUUUCCUGGGUAGCUAUGGGGUCAUCAUCUUAGAUGACAUACACGAAAGAAGCAUUGCCACUGACGUGUUACUUGGACUUCUUAAAGACGUGUUACUGGCAAGACCAGAACUGAAGCUCAUAAUAAACUCUUCACCUCUCCUGAUCAGCAAACUGAGUUCUUACUACGGCAACGUGCCUCUCAUAGAAGUGAAAACUAAGCGGCCUGUGGAGGUCGUGUACCUUAGCGGGGCUCCAAAGGAGGCUCUUGAGUCUGUUCUGCGCCUUCUCUUUGAAAUUCACCAGUCUGGUGAGAAGGGUGACAUUGUAGUCUUUCUGGCCUGUGAACAAGAUAUUGAAAAGGCCUAUGAAAUUGUCUGUCAAGAAGGAUCUAACUUAAACCCAGAUCUUGGCGAGCUGGUGGUGGUUCCUUUGUAUCCAAAAGAGAAAUGUGCAUUGUUCAAGCCAAAUGAUGAAACAGAACAAAGAUGCCAAGUUCAUCAGAGAAGAGUGGUGUUAACUACUAGCUCUGGAGAGUCUUUGAUCUGGAGCAACACCGUCAAAUUCGUUAUUGAUGUGGGCGUGGAAAGGAGAAAGGUGUACAACCCUAGGAUAAGAGCCACCUCCCUCGUCCUGCAGCCCAUCAGCCAGAGCCAAGCAGAGAUCCGCAAGCAGAUUCUCGGUUCAUCUUCCUCAGGAAAACUGUUCUGUCUAUACUCCGAAGAAUUUGCCUCCAAAGACAUGCGGCCCCUGAAGGUGGCAGAGAUGCAGGAAGCUAACCUCACCAGCAUGGUGCUUUUCAUGAAGAGGGUGGACAUCGCAGGCUUGGGCCACUGCGACUUCAUGAAUAGACCAGCACCGGAAAGUUUGAUGCAGGCUUUGGAAGACUUAGAUUAUCUGGCAGCACUGGACAAUGAUGGAAAUCUUUCUGAAUUUGGAAUCAUCAUGUCAGAGUUUCCUCUGGACCCACAACUCUCAAAGUCUAUCUUAGCAUCCUGUGAAUUUGACUGUGUAGACGAAAUGCUAACAAUUGCUGCCAUGGUAACAGCUCCCAGUUGCUUUUCUCAUCUGCCACGUGGAACUGAGGAGGCGGCCUUGACUUGUUGGAAGCCAUUUUUACAUCCUGAAGGAGAUCACUUUACCCUCAUCAAUAUUUACAAGGCCUACCAAGACACAACUCUGAGUUCCACCAGCGAGCACUGUGUGGAGAAAUGGUGUCACGAUCACUUCCUCAACUGUUCUGCGCUCAGAAUGGCAGAUGUCAUCCGAGCUGAACUGUUAGAAAUUAUCAAGCGGAUCGAGCUUCCCUAUGCAGAACCUGCUUUUGGCUCACAGGAAAACACUCUGAACAUAAAGAAGGCCCUUCUGUCCGGUUACUUCAUGCAGACUGCUCGGGACGUGGACGGCUCAGGUAACUACCUGAUGCUGACGCAUAAGCAGGUGGCUCAGCUGCACCCCCUGUCUGGUUACUCCAUCACCAAGACGACGCCGGAGUGGGUCCUCUUCCACGAGUUCAGCAUCUCCGACAACAACUACAUCACCAUCACCUCAGAAACCACCCCCGAACUAUUUAUGCAACUGGCACCACAAUACUAUUUCAGUAACCUGCCUCCUAGCGAAAGUAAGGAGAUUCUCCAGCAAGUAAUGGACCGCCUCUCCCCUAUUUCACCAAUGGAAACGGAACAGCAAGUGUGUGAGAAGUGCCCUGAAACUACUGAACCGCGAUGCACUCUGCAGUGACCCCUCAGAAGCUCCGACACAAAG